AUGGGUACACCACGUUCCAUGACCAACCCGAAGCUGAAGACCCAGCUCUGGGAAUAUGGCAAACGUAGAAGGACCGAUGGUGUCUACGCUGACAAUCUGGAGGUUGAUGCCCUUGUGGUUGGAGGUGGCUUUGGUGGUAUCUUCUGCUUCUGGUCGCUUCGUAACGCUGGCCUCAAUCCAGUAAUGUUUGAAGCUGGCAGUGGAUACGGGGGUACAUGGCGUUGGAACUGCUAUCCUGGAGCCAUGGUCGACUCUGAGGUCCCGGAGUAUCAGCUGUCCAUCCCUGAGACUUGGAAGACAUACGACUGGCCCAACAAUUACCCAAGCUACCAUGAGCUCAGGAACUACUUCGACCAUUGCGAUAAGAUGCUCGACAUUAGCAGUCGUACAGCCUUCGAGACGGUUGUCACUGGGGCUACGUUCAACACCAAAGAAGGCCGUUGGCGCGUAAGCACUGCCGAUGGUAGGACUGCCAAGGCCAAGUAUCUUGUCAUUGCUGCUGGCUUUGCUGCCAAGAGAUAUGUCCCAAACUGGCAUGGCAUCGAGAAGUUCAAGGGCUUCGUGUCCCACUCAUCCUUCUGGCCGGAUGAUGAGAUCGAUGUCAAGGACAAGAAGUGUGCUAUCAUUGGAACUGGUGCCACAGGUGUGCAGAUCACUCAAGCAUGGGGACCAAAGGCUGGGCACUUGAAGGUCUUCCAGCGUACCCCUAAUCUCACCGUGCCUAUGCGUCUUCGCAACCUGACUGUUGAAGAGCAGACUGAGGGAAAGAAGUGGUACCCGGAGCUGUUUCAGUUCCGCGAGAAGUGCUUUGGUGGUUUCCUGUAUACGUUCUCUGAGAAGUCCUGCUUCGAGGACUCGCCUGAAGAGCGUGAGGCCUUCUUCGAGAAGCUGUGGACUGACGGUGGCUUCCGCUACUGGCUGGGCAACUACAAGGACUAUUUGCAUAGCCCACAGGCCAACCGUGCCGUGUACGACUUUUGGCAGAAGAAACAGGCCGUCAGAAUCAAAGACCCUCGCAAGCGCGACAUCCUGGUCCCAAAGGAGCCACCUCAUCCUUGGGGAGUCAAGCGCCCAUGUCUCGAGUAUGGGUACUUCGAGCAGUUCAACAGACCAAACGUUGAUGUUGUUGAUAUCAAGAAGAACCCUAUUCAAGAGUUCAACGAGAACGGCAUCAAGCUUCGAGAUGGCACGCAGCACGAUUUCGAUGUCAUUGUCAUUGCCACGGGCUUCGACGUCGUGACUGGUGGAAUGACGGCGAUGGGACUCACUGCCCUAAACGGGGAGACUCUCGAGCAGCAGUGGAAGAAGGCGGCUUACACUUACCUGGGCACGACAGUGUCAGGAUAUCCCAACAUGGUACGUGGCGAUUAUCAGAGGGUUCAGUGCUUGCCACGUGCUUGCUUACUGAUUACUUUGCAGUUCCACCUUUAUGGUCCGCAGGGACCGACUCUGCUCUCCAAUGGCCCCACCUCCGUCGAGAUCCAGGGCCGCUGGAUCACAGAUGUCAUCAAGAAAUGCGAGCGUGAAGGCAUCAAGUACAUCAAUGCUACUGAAGAGGCCAGCAAGGAUUGGAAGCGCAAGAUCAAUGAGUUGAGCGAUGUCUCCUUGUUCCCGACGACCAAGUCGACUUACAUGGGUGGUAGCGACCCGAAGAAGGCUUUCGAGCAGACCAAUUACCCUGGUGGCGAAUACAAUUACCACCAGGAGAUCAGAAGUGUCCUACCUGACUUGAAGGGCUUUGACGUUGUCAAAGCAUGA